AUGCGUACCACGCUGACAAAAGCCAGUCCCAAAAUGUACAAGACGAGGUUCUCACAGUGGGGUUUUGUAAAGAACAACACGGAGGACGAAGUCAAGAUGCUACUGUCGACAAAAUUCGAAAGAGAUGCAGAGGGCAAAAUAUCCGAGUUUACACGCAACGGCAAAGUCGUCAACCUGGCGACUUAUCUUAGGCGCAAAGGUGUGACAGAAUAUGACCUCGUCGACUUUGACACGGCGUCGGAACUGCCCUCGCACAUUCGCGUUCGUACGCCUUCCCCACCCCCAGCACCUGGUUAUUUGCGAUCACCAGACCUCAUACGCGCGCAGGAGAUCCUCGUGAUCAAUAUGAGGAAGGCUUUGAUGCACUGUCAGCAGAAUGAACGCAGUGAUGCCCAUCAGCACGGAUGGGCGUCGCUGCUGUUGUGGGGUGCCGGGUCGAGUCACAUGCUGUUUGAAGCCAGCAAGUUGUUCGAACGACAAAGAAACGACCUGGCCGGCAAUCUCCUCAUGCACGCAUUCCGGCGGUUAGAGGUUGACCUACGGCAGCUUUCCACGCAAGGCAUCAAGGAACUGUUGUUCGGUAUGUCAAAUCGACAUCCCGGCAUGAUGACGGCCUUGUCCAGGUAUCUAGCAGCGUACGCUACCAGGAACUACGAGCGGCUGCACCCGCUCCGGCUAAUCUUCACCAACAUGUACCAAAUAAGACAGAAGCACGGCCCUGCUGCCCUCUCAAGUCUCAUUUGGAAUGCCAUGCCAUCUGUGGCUGAGGAGAUUGAGUCCACCUAUGGAUCACAGUCGCCACUCGCCGUCAGGACAUGGAUGGAUCUCUCGAUGCUCUACGAUCAUACCAGUACCUAUCGCAUGUCUCACCUGUACGACCAGCUGGGUCACCUGAGCCACAAGUAUGUCAGUUCGACCGAAGACGACAUGGCCUUCCGCUACGUACGCAUCCAGCUCUCGGCUUUUGCCGACCAAAACGGCAGCGCCCACCGACAGCAACUUGUGACCACCUGGAAUUACUGCGUUGCAAAUAAGCUCGUGUUUGGUAUCCGUGGCAAGCCAGAUGUCUACUGCUACCACUCUGUUUUGCAAAUCAAGCCGUGGAUGAAACGUGUCAGGCAGCGAUAUGGCCAGACGCUCAAGAGCACUGAGCUCUUGCUCGGCUGCAAGAUGAUAUGCUGCUUCGCCGAGGAUCCGCAUCCCAUGGAGCACGUCGACGAGACGGAUACACUUGAUGCACACCCUCUGCUUCGUUUUCCGGUAUCUCUGGCAAGCUUGCGGCUGUCAUCUUCUACAGCACCGGCAGGGGUUUAA